UCAAAGCUGGGAUCGCCACUCCAACUCUCUUCAACGUCAUCCUUACGUCCAUGUCCCCUUCUCUUUUCUCUUGCAACUCUUCCCUGCGUCUUCACUUUUUUACAUUUGCCCUAAUCUUUCCGUCUUCUUUCUUUCUAUUUUCUUGUUUUUUUUUUUUUUUUUUUGGGUCACAUUCUAGACAAUUUUACUUUGUUUUAUCAAAAACAGAGAAAAUAAAGGUACAAUCUUGGCAUGUGGGUGUCUUUGUUUCUUUGUAAAACCCGGAAACUGGAGAGAGUUUUUUUUAUCAUCGUAGCUACGCAACUUCCUGGCCAAAAUGUCGGUUCUUUGAGUUAGGAUCGAGGCCCAAGAAGCGAGGAAUGGCUUAAGGCUUACAAGAAAACUGGAAAUGGAUUGAAUUGGUGGGUUGGUUUGGUUUGGUUUGGAAGGAAAAAUGGCUACAGCAACUAGUCUGCGAUGCUGCAAUGCGGAAUUAGAUAAUGGAAUCUGCAAGGAGAAGAAGAUAGUUUCAACAGAAGUUGAGAAUCAUGAGGAAUCUGAGCAUGGAAGGGCGGGGAAGCCGCCUAGGAAUCGUCCAAUGAUGCAUCAUUCUAUCAGCCAAGCAGCAUUGACAGCUCAAAUUAUUGGUUUUAAGCCACCGGCAAGUGACAACCCUGGGGUUUUCCCUGUCUUCCGCUCUGGAAGCUGCUCUGAAAUGGGACCAAAAACGUACAUGGAAGAUGAAUACAUUUGUGUAGAUGAUCUUCAUCAGCAUCUUGAUGUGACCCGUAAAUUUCCUUCUCCUGGUGCAUUUUAUGGGGUUUUUGAUGGGCAUGGUGGCGUUGAUGCUGCAUCGUACACUAAAAUGAAUCUCCUUAAGCUCAUUGUUGAAGAUUCUGAUUUUCCAUUAGCGAUGAAAAAAGCUAUCAAGAAUGCUUUUUUGAAAGCCGAUUUUGAACUGGCUGAUGCUAAGUCUCUCGACAGUUCCUCGGGGACAACUGCACUAACUGCACUUAUGUUAGGAAGAACCAUGUUAAUUGCUAAUGCUGGAGACUCUCGAGCUGUAUUAGGUAAACGGGGAAUAGCAAUUGAAUUAUCAAAAGACCACAAACCAAAUUGUACUUCUGAAAGGCUGAGAAUUGAGAAACUGGGAGGCUCGAUAUAUGAUGGUUAUCUCAAUGGCCAACUUUCAGUUGCGCGUGCUCUUGGUGACUGGCACAUCAAGGGCCCCAAAGGUUCAAAAUGCCCGUUAAGCUCAGAGCCCGAGUUUGAGGAGUUGGUCUUGACAGAAGAGGACGAGUUCUUGAUAAUGGGGUGUGAUGGUUUGUGGGAUGUUAUGAGCAGCCAAUACGCAGUGACAAUCGUGAGAAAGGAGCUAAUGCUUCAUAACGAUCCAGUGAAAUGCUCGAGAACACUGGUUAGGGAGGCACUCAAGCGCAACACAUGUGAUAAUCUAACUGUUCUUGUCGUGUGCUUCUCCCCCGAUCCACCCCCACAAAUCGUAAUCCCAAGAUCCGGGAGGAGACGAAGCAUAUCAGCUGAAGGGAUAGAUCUUUUAAAGGGUGUCUUGGGUGGCAUAUAAAGACAAUUCUAGUUAUAAACAGAUGAAUAUGGAGCCAUAUUUACUGUUUUGAUGUUUCUGAGGGUAUCUGUUCUUCAUUCUUGACUUCAUUGGAGCUUGUGUGUCAUUUUGACCCUUAGAAUUUCAUUGUUCAAAUUCAAUAAGAAAAUAAUCCCCUCUUCUCUUCUAGAAUAACUUCCAAGAUUGUCUACUCCUGGAGUUACUGUUCACAGCGAGGCAUCUUGUUAAACCGAGUAAUCUCAAGAUUUGCAGUCCUAGUAGUUUUCCAGACAUGUUUGAGAACUAGAUGGCGCAAUGUUGACUGCUCCGAUACAGAAUGUCAGAUCACUACUGUCUCCUAAAGUAAUAGACUACGUUUUAGUUUAUCGUUUAUCAUGUAAUAGGAACAUAUAACAGCCUUUACUUCCUCAACCAUCGUGUUAUUAUAUAGACGCUAGGUAACUUGUGAAACAAA